AUGCCGUUCGGCUUCCAAGCCGUAGGCAAGUCACCCGACUUAGCCAUUCCAUUCAGUCGUCGCGGCAAGCAGUCGUCCAGUCGCGACACGGGCGUGGCGCGACUCAUACUGCCGGCCGCGUGUCUCGCGCUCGUCGUCACGGCGUUCAUCUGGGCCUCACCGCACAAUCGACGCGCCCUGCGCACCCAUACAGGACAAGGAAGCGGCGCGGCUGACGCGUCAGUAGUGGGGGUGGGCGUGGGCGAGCCCAUCGAGAUUCGCUACGAGAAUCGCGAAAUCAUGGAGUUGCCGGCGGCCGGCACGGACGCGGCGAUCGCCGCCUUUCAGUCGGAGCUGGAGGAGUCGGCGGCAAUGGCGGCGAGGGAAGAGCAAGGGGCGGCGAGCGGCAACGGGGAGAGUGAGGGCGGCGGAAACAGUUUUCUAGAAGCAGUGGAGGCGAUGAAGGGAGAAGGGGAAGGGGCAGAGGGCGGGGCGGGGCGGAGUGAGGGGGAAAGGGGCGGAGAACAAGGGGCAGAGGGGGUUAAGGCGGUGUUGGCGGAAGCGGUGGGGGAAGCGGAAAGCGGAGCCAGCAGCGGCGCUGCUGCUGGGGCUGGCGAGUCGAGCGCGUCUGAGCAGCGGGAAGGGUCGGCGGGCGGGUCGGCGGGCGGGGUGGAUGUCACGCUCCCGCCCGGCGCCAGCUCUUCCGCCUCCCCUUCCGCCCCAUCCUCGCCCUCCUCCCCCUCAUCCUCCCCCGCGCGCGCGGAUCUGGUGGAGCGCUUGCGCAACUUGACGGCAGUGUUGGAGGGCAUCCGCCCGCUGGCGGAGGAGCGGGGGAACGCGCAGCUGGUGAAGCACAUUCGCGCGGCGGUGGAGAAGAGCAACGCGGUGACGGCGCGGUGGGAGGAGAGCGGCGCGUGGGGCGGCGACGACAAGGUGACGGGGCUGGUGAAGCUGCUGGAGGCGGUGGCGGCACGCGCCAAGGAGUGGCGCGGCAACUCCGCGACGAUCGAGAAGCUGCGCGGCGAGGUGGAGCGCGGCAAGGCCAAGGUGGCGGCGCUGACGGCGGAGCGCAACCAGCUCGACCUGGCGGCGGUCAAGGCGCUGCCCAAGUCGCUGCACUGCUUCAACCUCCGCCUCACCGUCGAAUACGGCAGCAACAAGGACCUGCGCGCGGCGUCGCGGCGGCGGGAGCGCAAGCAGCGCGCGCUGUUGACGGACCCCGCGCUGAUGCACUACGCGCUCUUCUCCGACAACGUGCUCGCCGUCGCCACCGUGCUGCGCUCGCUCGAGGCCAACUCCAACAACCCCGACAGGCACGUGGUGCACGUGGUGACGGACAGCAUGAACCUGCCGGCCAUGCAGGCGUGGUUCGCGCUGCACCCGCCGGCGCACGUGGCGGUGGAGAUCUCGUCCGUGGAGUCGCUGGCGUUCCUCAACGCGUCCUACUGCCCCGUGCUGCGCCAGCUGCAGGCCAAGGCGCUCAAAAAGUUCUACUUCAGCCAGCACGACGACUCGAACCAGACGAGCAGCGGGGUGCCGCGGCCACAGGGGUCCGCAGGAACAGAGGCAGAGGCAGCGGGGGCGGCAGCGGCGGCGGCAGUGGCGGGGCAGAAGCUCAAGUUCAAGAACCCCAAGUACCUCUCCAUCCUCAACCACCUCCGCUUCUACCUCCCCGAGAUGUUCCCAGCGUUGGACCGAGUGGUGUUUCUGGACGACGACGUGGUGGUGCAGCGCGACCUCUCACCGCUCUUCUCCCUCCCCCUGCACGGGGCCGUCAACGGCGCCGUGUACACGUGCCGGGAGGGCGACGCCUUCCACCGCCUGCACAAGUACCUCAACUUCUCGCACCCCUUCAUCCGCGACCACUUUGACCCCGACGGCUUCCAUGAACUCAGAGAGGCAGCUGUGGCAGCUGGGCACCUUGCCGCCGGGGCUGAUGACGUUCUACAACCUGACAGCGCCGCUGGACCCACACUGGCACGUGCUGGGGCUGGGCUACGACAAGGCCACGCCGCCCCACCUCAUCCAACAGGCCGCUGUGCUGCAUUACAACGGCAACGCGAAGCCAUGGCUGGACACGGCGAUCAAGGAGUUCAAGGGGCUGUGGAGCCGCUACGUGCUGGCGGAGGAUGA